GAUGAUUCAGACUUGACAUGGCACUCUUGCCGAGUAGGCAUGGCAUAGGCAUGGGUACAACAAAAUAAUACGAGGAUUUGAGUUUCGUGCCAAAACGAAAGGCAUCUUCUGAUUUGACACUGACAACUGACAGGCCCCUCUCACUCUCUCUCUCUCCUUCUAUCUCUCUGAGAAACGAGAACCCAGAAACGAACAUAGAAAUUGGCACCAUUUUGGUUGGUCUUGUUGAAAUGCAUCAAUGGAUGAGGAAAUCAGGGACGAUUGUCAACCAUUUCAAAUCUCUGCUCUUGGUUACCAACAAUCUCAGCUCUUGGAGGAGUUACUCGUUUGUUAAAAGAUGUCAAUUUGCUGCUUCAUUUGCUCACAAUCUCCCAGUCGCUGAUGGAGAUUUCAUCAAUUCAUCAACCCAUUUCUGCUCCCGUCGCUUUGAAUCCGUGAAAGCAGAAAAGAUGGCGAAUAAUGUUGAUGACAAUCAGGCUUUAGAGCUUCCAGAAGGAAAGGUCAAAUUCACUCCUAAAUUGAGGUUCAUAUCUGAGACGGCUGAUGAGCGGGAAUGCUGCUAUCGGGUCCUUGAUGAAAAUGGAAACCGAAUUUCAUCCAGUAACUAUGUAGAGGUCAGUAAAGAAGUCGCUAUAAAAAUGUACACCGACAUGGUUACUCUCCAGACAAUGGACACCAUUUUCUAUGAAGCACAAAGGCAAGGAAGAAUUUCCUUCUAUUUGACUGCAGUUGGAGAAGAGGCCAUCAAUAUUGCAUCUGCUGCCGCACUCACAAUUGACGACAUUGUCUUUCCUCAGUACAGGGAGGCUGGAGUGUUAUUAUGGCGUGGUUUCACUAUACAAGAAUUUGCAAACCAGUGUUUCAGUAACAAAGCUGAUUAUGGGAAAGGCAGGCAGAUGCCAAUCCAUUACGGGUCUAACAAGCACAAUUAUGUCACUGUAGCCUCAACUGUGGCUACACAACUACCGCAAGCUGUUGGUGCUGCGUAUUCCUUAAAGAUGGAAAAACAAGAUGCAUGUGCAAUUGCGUAUGUUGGUGAUGGUGGCACUAGCGAGGGUGAUUUCCAUGCUGCUUUGAAUUUUGCGGCUGUUACGGAGGCUCCAGUUAUAUUUUUCUGUCGGAACAAUGGAUGGGCCAUCAGUACACCUACUUCAGACCAGUUUCGGAGUGAUGGUGUUGUUGUCAAAGGUCGGGCUUAUGGAGUUCGAAGCAUCCGAGUAGAUGGUAAUGAUGCACUUGCCGUGUAUAGUGCAGUUCAUGCAGCACGUGACAUGGCUAUCAGAGAACAGAGACCAAUCUUAAUUGAGGCAUUAACGUAUCGAGUGGGACACCAUUCCACGUCAGAUGAUUCGACCAAGUAUCGUCCAGUCGAAGAGAUUGAAUGGUGGAAAAUGGAACGAGACCCUGUAACCCGAUUUAGAAAAUGGAUGGAAAACAACAGUUGUUGGAGUGAUAAGGCAGAAUUAGAGGCUAGAAACAGUGCUAGAAAGCAGAUAUUACAUGCAAUCCAAGAAGCAGAGAAAGUUGACAAACCUCCACUUGCAGACAUUUUCACAGAUGUAUAUGAUUCUCCCCCUUCCCAUCUCUGUGAGCAGGAGAAAUUGCUAAGAGAGGCGAUUAAAAGACACCCUCAGGAUUACCCAUCUGAUGUUCCUCUCUGAAUUUAUCCCAUUAUACAUAUAUGUGCAUACAUCAUACAUGCAUAAAUUAUUUAAUUAAAUAAAAUAU